GAGAGAGACAGAGAGAGAGAGAGAGAAGAUCCGCCAAUCACAAAACACUUUGUACUAUCGACAUUCCCUCCAUAAUCCAUUCCUGCUGCAAAAAUCAUAACUCAACUACAAACAUUCAGAAACGUAGAAGAGAAUUUCAAAUUUGUAUUGGGUUUUUGAAUUCCCACUGUUUCACUCAAUGGUGGGCGUGGGUGCACAGGGUCUCAAAGCAACUUCCUUUUUCCCAUUUGAAAAGAUUUCAGCUCCCAACAUAUCAGUCUUCAAGAACCCCACUUCAGAUUCCAGAGGAUUUUCUUCCAAACAGAACUCUUUUCUCAGAGGUCAAUUCCAUACCAAAUACUUUCUUGGCUUCUUCUCCAAUCGUGCUCCACGAAAUCAAGCGGGGCUUGUGGUUUCACCAAGCUGUGUCCUUCCAUUAACUGAAGAAAAUGUGGAGAAGGUUUUGGACCAAGUACGGCCUGGCUUGAUGGCUGAUGGAGGGAAUGUUGUUUUACAUGAGAUAGAUGGCCUUGUUGUGGUACUAAAGCUACAAGGUGCUUGUGGGUCAUGUCCAAGCUCAACUAUGACACUAAAGAUGGGAAUUGAAACUCGGCUUCGAGAUAAAAUACCAGAAAUUAUGGCCGUGGAGCAGAUCCUGGACACGGAGACAGGACUUGAGCUUAAUGAGGAGAACGUCGAAAAGGUUCUUGCUGAGAUUAGGCCAUACCUAGCGGGUACAGGAGGUGGAAUUCUUGAGCUUAUUCAGAUCAAUGACUAUGUUGUCAAAGUUCGGCUUAGUGGACCUGCAGCUGGAGUUAUGACAGUCCGUGUCGCUCUUACACAAAAAUUGAGGGAAAAGAUACCUGUCAUUGCGGCUGUCCAGCUAACAGAAUGACAUGUACACUGAAAAACAUUGUCCACAGCAAGCAGAAGAUAGUUUUCCAUUUUACAUUUAUUGUUAAUCUACAUUAAGCACUUGUUAUAUUAAAACCAAUUUGGUCAGUCUUCUUGUUUCUUUCUAUUUUAAUUGCUUUAGAAAGAAGACAGGGUCUAGACCGCGUAACAGGACGUUGUAUGCGAAAACUUGCAGGAUCAGUCAAUUUUAAAUGAAAUGGAUACUAUCUAUUUUAUGGUCA